ACGAGCUGAGCCAACAAUGAAAACGCAAGUAGCUUUACUGUUUGUCCUGGCGGCCCAUGUGGCCAUCGUUGUGGCGCGUCCGGAGCCGCCCAGGCCACGUUAUGGCGCACCACCGCCGCCAGCACCACAAAAGGAAUAUGGACCACCUCAGCCGGCGCAGCCGCUGCCCAUUUAUGGACCGCCUGCUGCCUUCUACGGGCCGCCAGCUGCGCCCACGGCCGAGGCGAUUGUCACCAAGAACGUGUAUGUGCAUGUGCCGCCCGAGGAGCCAGAGCUGUAUCCGGCCGCGUCGCCGAUCCAAACGUCCGUGCCGAAAAAGCACUACAAGAUCAUCUUUAUCAAGGCACCGAACCCACCGACACCAGUGCGCCAGGUGCUGCCACCUCCGGUACAGGAUGAGCACAAGACCUUGGUCUAUGUGCUGGUCAAGAAGCCCGAGGAGCAGCUGCCCGUCAUCCUGCCUUCGCCCGCACCCACGGAGCCCAGCAAGCCAGAGGUGUACUUCAUCAAGUACAAGCAGCAGCCAAAGCCAGCCACCCAGUACGGACCACCAGCCGUUGCCGCUGUGCCAGCCGACGAGUACGGCGCACCGCCUGCGCCACGCACCCUGGAGCAGUUCUAAAGAUAAGGCCAAGUCCCGUCCAAAGACUCAUAUACAAACAUGUGUAAAUAUUAUUUAUAUGUAA